AUGUCCAUUAGCAAAUACCUCACCCCUUCACCUCUUAAGAAUUCAAUCGAUGUUGAUGGCUUUUUACCAAGUGGAAGUUCAACAAAUGAACAACCUAUGUCAUGUCGCACCAACGAUGCCAAAAUCGAACUUUCUUCCACUCCACCCAGUUACCAUGCCGAAAGUAAUGAGACAGGCGGACCAGCAUGGCCUGGUAGGUCAUCAAUGAAGGAUAUUGGUAAAUCUCUAUCCGAAGCCUUGAAAGACGAUGCUACCAACAAAUCAGCUUGGAAAUCUGUUUACGAUGAGCACGGUUUUAAAUACGUAAAAUCAACUGUAUCAUGGUACCGUCGUUGGCUUGAAGCUAUUGAUGAUAAUCAACAGAAUCUUACCUCGCUAUAA